UUUCCACUGUCAUAAAACCCUUUCAUUUCCUACAACAAAAUCCAAGUGUAACGACAUAAAACUCAGCGGAAAAAAUGAAUCACUACAUGCCACCCUAUGCUUCGAUCUUGAGUGAUUAAAUGAAUUUCCUAGGUGACAUCGAACUCUGAGGACAAAACUCGACAUGAAACCCCUAAUCGAGACCAUAAUGCUACAGUGGGUUCAGAGUUACUGAUGUACUUCUGUUUCGAUGAUCUGAUCGAGAAAAUGAACCUACUGGAUACGAAGCAAUCCUCCGAAGAAAUAAAAAACAGAUCCGUAGCUCUUACCUGUCCUUGGGUUCCAUUCGCGGAAAAUGCCACAAUCUACAAAUGCUGCCCUAUGGGGCAAUCCCUUGAUUCCACCAUGAAAUGCAAUGAGAAUGUUCACGAUUCUCACAAUUGGCACUUGCCUGUCAAUGGGCAUCUGUACCAUGAGGAAGAGCUAGUCCGUUUAAAUGUGCUUAGAUACAAAUCGGAAAGGACUUACGCGAUUAACAGUGCUGCCAAGAGGGAAUGCCUAUCCAAAAAAAAUUAUCGAGAGUACCGUACGAAUGAUUUCCAUAUUGGACCGGAUGGGAAGCUUCACUCUACGGACUCUCAUGAUGCCAGGCUUCAGCUUCAAGAGUACUGUAUCGACCAGUAUGGAAAAUCAGUGGCUCCAGCCAACCCUGGACCUUCAUCUGAGCAAGAAUUGCAAGUAGAAUGAAUAGCAAGAUGCUUUAUUGUCGUGACGAUCAAUAACAGAGACAUUUCAGAGAUGAUAGAAAUUUCCAUUCCAAUGUGAGUAUCCUGCACAAGGAGGAAUUAAAAAAUUUUUACAAUGAGUUGAGAAAACAGAA